GGCAUUAGAGCUCCCGUCAGGAGGACAGGACAAACUCACAGCAACUACAACAGGACAGCGACAUCUCGGUGUCAAAAUGAUGUCCAAGAAAGCCCAGCUUGUCGGCGUGGUGCUGGUCCUCGCCAUCAUCGGCGCCAUUGUCGGCGUCAUGGUGGUGCGCAAGGCCAGCAGCUCUGCCAGCGAGUCAUCGGGGACUGCUUCCUCUGGCUCAGGUGCCGGUGUGUCUAGUAGCGACAACGACAGCACGACCACCGGCUCGACCGGUGGCAAAAGCUCCGUGUCGAAGAAGAAGAAGAAGACAACUUCGGGCUCCGGCUCAAGUACCGGCUCAAUUACAUCCGAUCCGACUUCCGCCAAAUACACUCUUUCGGCCUUUGCAAUUGGUGACUGGGGUACCACUGUCACGCAAGACUCGUGUUGUACACGUUCGUCGACCUACAACGACUAUGAUGUCAAUGCCGAGGACAUUGUGGCUAAUCUGAUGGACCAACAGGUCUCUGCUGCAUCGGCACCCCCUAAGUGUGUUCUCAGCCACGGUGACAACUUCUACUGGACAGGUAUCGACAGCGAAGGUAGUCGUGAUUCCCGUUUCACUGCCACUUUUGAAAAGAAAUACGGAGGUGACAAUAUCAAGAAUGUUCCAUGGGUCAACGUGCUGGGUAACCACGACUACGGUGGCGCCAGUUACAUCUGUGCGGAUGACAAGGGCCUCGCCGCAUGUUCCUCGGCUGAGGAGUUGGUUAAAGCACUGUCGAAUAAGUUCCAAUGGCAGUCGGACUACACGAGUCCGAACGACAACCGUUGGAUUCUGAAGGACCAUUUCUACGUGUACUCGAUUGAGGACAAGGACUCAGGUGUGAGCAUUGAUAUUUUCAAUGUGGACGCAGGUGAUGCCAGUACCCACGGAGCGCAACAGACGUGUUGCCAGUGCUAUGGCUACGCAGAAGGUAGCGACAAGAAAUGCAAGAAUGUCGCUCGUGGAGACAAACUCUGCAGCGGUGGCGACACUGAGAUGUUUGAUGCUUGCUUUGACAAGUUCGCCGAGUGGGGUGAUGACUCGCGUAAGCAGCUGGCCAAGGAGGUAGCAGCUUCGAAAGCCACGUGGAAGAUCCUGCAGUACCAUACGGCGGAUGAUUCGUGGACGUUCGCGGAGAGCUUCAAGUCGACGAAGGCUGGUGGUGUGGCGACCAAGCACUGCUGGUACAUCCCUCUUGAUGGUGGCGAAGGCAAAGAGUGUUAA